AUGACUGAAUUCCUAAAAUAUUCCUCUAUUCCCUCCGGCAAACACAAGGGUAAACACCAUAUCAUAAUCGUCGGCGCAGGAAUCGUUGGUGUCUCAACUGCCUACUAUCUAACCCAACACUCCUUGUUUGACCCAAACACACACUUUGUCACCAUUAUCGAAAGCAAAAGAGUAGCUGGUGGUGCUAGUGGUAAAGCCGGCGGUUUAUUGGCCCUAUGGGCCUUUCCCCAACAAAUUGUUCCCUUAUCCUUCCAGCUACAUCAGGAACUAAGCAACAAAUAUAAUGGCGAAAAAGAAUGGGACUACAGAAGAUUAACCACAAUCUCUCUCGAAGGCAACAUAAUCAAAUAUUUGAAAAGAGAUCACGACUACCAUAAUAGCGACGAUUCUAACGACGAUAACGACGAUAACGACGACGACACCUCUGACCUUUCUCUAAAUAUCAUUGCCGCCGACACUGACUCAUCCUCCACCAAUUCCAAUAACAUAAAUAAUAAUAAUAAUAAUAAUAAUAAUAAUAAUAAUAAUAAUAACAACAACAACAACAUACCCAUUAACUCAAUCGAAAACAAAUCCGACGCACAAUCCUCUUCCCACCUACCAACAAAUUUAAACUGGAUAAAACAAAACAUCAUAGAAGACUGGUCCUCCCUAGGUGGAACUGACUCAACCGCCCAAGUCCAUCCCUACAAAUUCACAAACUUCAUAUUGAAAAAGGCCAUAGAAACUGGCGCUGUCGAACUACUCAUAGGUAAAGUAGACGAAAUCCUCUUCUCAAUCGAAACUGGUGAAGCUGACGGUGUCUCCUUCAAACCUUCCUCUGCCCAAGCUGAAUUCAACCAAGAUAACCAACCUAUCUCCCUCUACGGUCACCAAAUCGUUCUAGCUGUUGGCCCCUGGACCUCAAAGAUUCUACCCGAUUGCCCAAUAUCUGGUCUAAGAGCUCACUCAAUAACAAUCGCUCCCAACAGUGGCAUGGUCUCCCCCUACGCCAUCUUCACUGAACUAAAAAUCGGCAAAAACAAAUAUGUCUCCCCAGAAAUGUACGCAAGAAAAGAUGAAGUCUACGUUUGUGGUGAAGGCGACACCCUAGUAGACGUUCCCGAAACAACUGAUGAUGUUGAAGUCGUUAGAGAAAAAUGCGACCUACUCUUCCAUUACGUUGGAAAAUUAUCCCCAAAUCUACAAAAAGGCCAUGUAUUAAAAAGACAAGCUUGUUAUCUCCCAGUACUAGACGUUCCUUCCUCCUCAGGCCCCCUAAUAGGCGAAACUAAUGUCCCAAACCUAUACCUAGCAUCUGGCCACUCGUGUUGGGGCAUCAAUAACGCCCCCGCCACUGGUAAAGUAAUGUCUGAAUUAUUACUAGAAAAUGAAGCUAAAAGUGCUGAUAUAUCUGCUCUAGAUCCAAGUCUUUAUUUCGAUGCAAGUGUAUUCGAUUAUUAACAUUUUGAUACUAUCUACUUAAAAUAUUCUCCAACUAAAAUAAUGAUAUCCAUAAUAAAUAAUGGCAACAAUUAACAAGAAAAUGAAAAAAUAAAUAUCACUCAAUAUUAUAUCUAUUUUCUUUUCACUCUUUGUUAAUCCUCUUGAAUUUCAUUCUAUAAUCAAUAAGCGUCUUUAUUAAUCACUUCAUACUGACUUUAUCUUUCAUCCCUCUUCUCUUCAUCUUAUUGAUACCAUCACUUCAUCACAAACAACUAAAAUUAAUACUCUUAUCUCAAAUUCCUAUUUCACUAUUAAUUUAUUAAU